UACCCUCAGACCUGUUUAUACAGAUAGAAGAUCUCAGCUCAGCGGUCCAUGUUAUUGAGUAUGCUGGUUUACAUAAGCUCUGUCAUCAGCACAAACUUUGUUGGGAAGUAGAAUGGCACAUCGAAGGAUGAUGGGGCACACCGGGUGGCUGGUUGUCUUUGUCUUCGUCUAUGGAUUUGGAAGUGGUUUAUGUGACAUCUCCCUCACCAUGGAAAAGACAGUGACGGGCUAUAGAAGGGAAUCGGUGGUCAUACCAUGCACCUAUAAAGCAUCGAAUAAUGAAGACAUAAUCAAGAUUGAGUGGGAAUUUCAAAGCCAUCUUGUCAUAUACAGGGCUGAUGAACAAGACCAUAUCCCUCUUUCUAAGUACAGAGAGCGUGCAGUAAUCUCGAAAUCACCCUCUGGGGAUGUGUCCUUGACCCUUCGGAGAUUGGACAUGGAUGACAGAGGGAACUUCAAAUGCAAAGUCACCGGGAGAGACCGCAAUGGAAAACUGAUAACACAAGAACAUGUAACUAUACUUAAAGUCCUUAGAAAAAAAGGUGAAACGCCAGAUGUGGACAGUGGAGAAAAUGACUUCUGGACAACAAGACCACCUACAGAACAACCCAAAGUCACAACUGCAGAAGACGCAGUGACUACAAAAGUCCUUAUUACUACCAAACCUGAUGUGAGGGUUAGUACAUCUGGAGAAGAAACUUUCACAGAGGACAAUGUUUCUAGCAGUGAUGAGCAUGAGGAAAUAAUUACCACAAAGAUCCCACACGUUGUAACAGGAACCUUUAUUACUGUCAAUUCUGAUGUAGAGGUUAGCUCUGUUGGCGAGGAACCAAAAUUAACUACAGAAAAUGUUGUUACUGAAACACCCCAUAUGGAAACUGAACAAACUACACGGCAGAACGUUAAAACAAGAAUCUUUAUUACAGUCAUUCCUGAUGUAAAAGUUAGUUCUGUUGGCAAAGAACCAGACUUGACUACAGUGAACCAAAUUUCUAACAUUGAUGACCAUAAUAAGAAAAUAACUCCUACAAAGAACUCACAAACUGUGACAGAACAAAUUGUUACUGAAACACCCAAUAUGGAAACUGAAACAACUGCAUGGCGGGACCUUAAUACAAGAGCUUCCAAUGAAGAUGACUCAGCCAUUGCCAGGACAAAACAACCCAGGAAGUUCCAUUCCAGCUCAUUUCCCGCAUUCUCAUUCACCACUCCCGUCAUGCACAAUAACCCACCAGCUGAAGCCAUUAAAACAGGCUCCGGAAUAUUUUUCUACACUCUUAUUAUUGGUUUACUCUGCAUAGUAUCGGUUUUAAUCGUCACGAUUGUUCUGAUUGCCAGAAGAAAGAAAACGAAGAGUCAUAACUACAACCUACCCACUAUGAACCAGCUGGCAUUGAAUUUAGAAGGACGUUCAUGUGAAGCAGCAUCAAAUAGUUAUGAGCCUGAUUUUCCCGUGUCUCAGUAUGAGCAGCUCCCAAUGUGUUCUAAUGAGUAUGAGCAGCUUGUUCUGAAAAAUCCAGAAGGAAAUGACAGCCAGUGUCAAAGUUCAAAAUGAUGUGCACCAUGCAUCUUUGCUUAACCCAGAGCUCACCAUGAUUUGAAAAAAAAAAAAAGAAUAACCAUAAUCGGCCUGGACA